CUACAGAGGCGGGACAAUGCAGGGAGUUGAGCAAGCAGCCCACAGAGGAGAGCGAAACUUCUCACACGCUGUAAGGAAGUUGCGAUUGCUACAGAAGAAGGGAACGGUCUUCUGCCUUUAUCUUUAUAGCAAGAAACUCAUUUUUAAUAUCGCUGAAAAAAAUGUCCAGUGGUCAGUUUAACAAGGGGCCGGCUUAUGGCCUGACUGCAGAAGUGAAAAACAGAAUCGCUCUGAAGUACGAUGCUCAGAAGGAGGAGGAGCUGCGGGUCUGGAUCGAGGACGUCACGGGCAAGCGGAUCGGAGACGACUUCCAGAAGAGCCUGAAGAGCGGAACCAUUCUGUGCGAACUGAUUAACGUCCUCCAGCCGGGCUCAGUGAACAAGAUCAACCACUCUGAAAAGAACUGGCACCAGCUGGAGAAUCUGACCAACUUUAUUAAAGCCAUCACAGCCUAUGGACUGAAGCCCCACGAUAUCUUCGAAGCGAACGACCUGUUUGAAAAUGGAAACCUGACCCAGGUUCAGACCACGCUCCUGGCUCUGGCUGGCAUGGCAAAGACCAAAGGCAACCAGCCUCGAGUGGACAUCGGAGUGAAAUACGCAGAUAAGCAGAAGCAUGCCUUUGACGAGGAGAAGGUGAAGGCAGGAAAAUGUGUCAUUGGGCUGCAGAUGGGUACCAAUAAGUGUGCUAGCCAGGCGGGGAUGAAUGCUUACGGCACAAGGAGACACCUGUACGACCCCAAGGCUCACAUCGAGCCCCCAAUGGACAGCUCCACCAUCGGCCUGCAGAUGGGAACAAACAAGGGGGCCAGCCAGACUGGCAUGACCGCCCCUGGCACCAGACGCGCCAUCUACGACCAGAAACUGGGCACAGAGAAGUGCGACAACAGCACCAUGUCCCUACAGAUGGGCUACACCCAGGGAGCCAAUCAGAGCGGGCAGAAUUUCGGCUUGGGCAGACAGAUCUACGAUGCCAAGUACUGCCCCAAGAGCGAGCUGGGAGAGAAUGAAGCAGCUGCGGGCAUAAGCUACAACCAGGAGUACCACGAUGAGGGCUACCAGGGAUACCAAGAAGAUGGGCAGGACUAGUUACCCUGGCAAAGGAGGGGUGGG